ACGACACACAGUUUGUACUUUUGCGUCAUCAUAUCAAGCUGGGCGUUCAAACCGGACGGACGUGUAAACUGGGAUGUCAAGAUUGUAGAAACAUUAUUAUAUUUUUCAAAUGUUUCUAAUGUCAAGGAUAUAAAGAGUACAAAGUAAAUUAGGGUCCCUCAUCUGUCGCCGCCAACAUGGCGUCGGAUGAACAGUUUUCACUAUGUUGGAACAAUUUCCACGCCAACAUGUCAGCAGGCUUUCACGGCCUGCUGUCGCGUGGAGAUUUAGUUGACGUAACGCUAGCUGCCGAGGGCAGGUUACUUCAAGCACAUAAAUUAGUUUUAUCGGUAUGUUCGCCGUAUUUCCAAGAAAUGUUCAAAAUGAAUCCUACUCAACAUCCCAUAGUAUUUUUAAAAGAUGUUAGUCAUUCGGCUUUAAGAGACUUAUUACAGUUUAUGUAUCAAGGUGAAGUUAAUGUUAAACAAGAAGAAUUAGCUACAUUUAUUAGUACCGCGGAACAACUUCAAGUGAAAGGUUUAACCGGUAAUCAAAAUGAAGAAAGUUCCACGCCAUCCAAACCAAAGCCGACCUCAAGGCCAGGCCCUAGGUCGUCACAUCAAAGGCAAUCUGUUAAGUUAGAGACUGAAUUAGAAUCUAAGCCCUCAACUCCAGUAGCUAUUAAGAGAACAAAUAGGCCGUCAAUAGCAUCUAAUAAUUCUUCAUCAUCUCAAAGUGGACCAGCGAAACGGAAAUGUAUCGAUCCCUUGGAAGCAGGGCCUUCUGGCUCUGCUAAAGAGGAUUUCGUAACGAUACCUGAUGAGGAUGAAAAUAACGCUGUGGCACCGAAAAUGGAACCUGAAUUUGUAAACGAAAGUAUGUGGGAUGAAGAUGACGAUGGCGCUAAUAAUGACGAGACUAAUUUUGGCGAAGAUGAUUCUAAUAUGGACAUGUCUGGUUUUGAUGGCUCUACGACUGGCGAUGGCACCAUCUCUGCGGGUGGGGAGGGUGGUGCUGUAGGCGAUGCACAAGAGGAGAAGCUGCCAGUCUGGAUACCAAUAUACUUUCUCUCCCUAGAUGAAACUAAACAACGGUGUAAUAUUUGUGAUACUGAAGUUACUGUUACAGAAAAGAAAUUUGAAUUACUCACCCACCUUAAGGAAAAUCAUCAUGAAAUUAUAGAGCUUCAUAAGGAACAUCCUAAUACAGAUGGGGGUUAUCAAAUAGAAUUUCUACAGUUAAGCGAAAAAGAUGAUACCAUGAAACUGGAGCCAGUUAUACUGGGGGAAUUAUGUGUGCCACCUCAUGAUUAUGCUCUUAAGACUACAGAUUUAAAUGAUGAAAACUUUUACAUAGUAACCAAUGAGGAAAAAACAGAAAACAAAAAGGGGCAAAAUUCAGAAUACAACAGAAAACGAAGUUGGGUGUGGAAGUACUUUGUACAAAUGACCAAGACAAUAUAUCGUUGUAGUUUAUGCAAUGUAGUGUUAUCAAUAAAGGGUAGUAAUUCCAAUAAUAUGAACCGUCACAUACGAACCAGACAUUUUUCUACAUACACAAGUGAAAUUAGUUGUAAAACUAAUAAAGAAAUUGAGGCAGAACAGGAAGUCGAGGUUGUGCAACCACCGAAGACUAAAGGUUCACGUAUGGACAGUAGAAAGUUACGACGUAGCUGGGUCUGGUCGUUCUUCACUCUGGUUUCGCGAACUCGCGCCCGUUGCAAGAUUUGUAAGCGGAUUAUAUCGCACGGAGGAAAUGCUACAGGGAAUAUGAAUCGUCAUCUUAAGAUCGUGCAUAAUAAAUUUGCAGACCAAAGUGAUUGGGUGUGGAAAGUAUUUGAGGCAGUAGAAGAUGUGUAUGCGUGUAAAAUAUGUGAUUUUCAAUUUAUGAAGUAUAACGAUAUGGACCUUACAAAGACGAUUUUAGGCCACUUAAAGGAUGAACACAAUGUUGUCUCUGGAUCGCAAAUCAUCACAAGUGAUUCUUUUGUCGUUAAGAACAAUUAAAGAAUUUGUAGUAUAAUUAAAACUAUUGUUAAAACAUUAACACUACUCUAACCACUUAGUUAAAAUACCUUAUACACGCGAUAAACGUAUUUUAUGAAAAAUAAAAACUUCGCGGUAAUUAACAUACAUUUUAAUAUAAACGAUUUUCACAUAUUAUGUCACUCAUGGUUCAUAAUGUCAGCUGCCGACUUGAUUUGGCUUUUUAUAACCGUUAAAAAGUGUAAUAUAAAACUGUAGUAGUACCCCUUUAUUUUAGUCUAAAUUAAGUGUUUAACUGUUUUUAUUAGUUAAACAGUUUUAGAUAAAUAUUUGUUUUCGGUUGUUUUUAUUUGGUUAAGUUGUAUAAUAAAUGCACUUGUAUUUUUAAGAUAUGUGUGAGUUGUUUUUGAUAUAAUAAAUGGUGCUUACGAGAGCCUGAUACUCAUUAGCGGCGAUAGGAUUUCACACCUAAUGCAUUGAUGAUAAGGCUUAAAUUUCCGUGAAUUUUGAAGUUUUGAGGUGACGUCAUCCUUGCUGUAAUGGGAAACAGUUAUGAUUGUAAUAUCUAAAUAUAAAGAAACACAUUAUUUCGAUAUAAUCUUGCUUUUAAAAUUUUGCAAUCAUAUCCUGAUAGAAUUAAUAAACGUUUAAGGUGAAAAUUAACUAUUAGGUAAAAAAUAUUAUACUUAACAGCUUUGUAGGUAGCGGCAAUUUAAUGUAGGUAGGUGUAAAAUAAGUAUUUUUUUUGUUCUAAGUAAUAUAUGCACAGUUUCUAGCAAUAUUUUAUUAACCUAAGUGUAUAACUCCUUAUAAAAAAAAUUUCGUCUCUUUGUCUGUUUAUGACGAAAAUGAUAGGGGCCUUUCAAGUAUUGAUCACUGUAGAGGUGAGGGGUGGUCUUUGAUUUUCCAAUUUUGUGAUUACGUCAACAGUUAUUAUUCACUUUUUUACACAUAUUACCCACAUUUGUAUAUGCUUGAAACCGAAAUUUUCGAGGAUUACUACAAAAAAUUAAUGCUUUAUGUCUGUUGUCUCUAUUAAAUCUGUUGACGUCAUAAUUAAACGGCCCCUAUGUACUAAGGUACAUAUUAAAUAAAUUAAAUAUCAUGUAUAAUUAAAUAUCCAAAUUCAUGUACCUACUUUCCUUUUUUCUACGGGCCUGUCAUGGGGUUUGACUCAAAAUAACUUUGACAGUCAGACAAAGCGUGACAUUAUGUUAGUGAGGAGACUGUCGAUAGUGUUUUGUCUAAACCGCCUGAACUUAUUUAAUUGGUUUUGUUUUUCAUAGUAAUUGGUACUUUAAAGUUUAUUAUUUAAAUUUUUACUUUUUGGUUUAGGAUAACUUUAGGGCCCGGCAGCCUUGUUAUAUAAUAAAUAGAGCUUAAUAUACAAAACUGUGUUUUCAGGUAACUGUUUAACAUAUUUUGUAAAUAAAAAUUUAAUAAAAAUUU